AAAAUAUAAUCACUGGCACUUAUCUGGCGCGUGAGCCACUCGUAAUUGGCUCCAUCUGCGCAUGCUCCUUUUACGUUUUGUUUGUACUUUAAUCGCUGACACGUUUUAAAAAUUUUAUAAACAGAUUUGCUACCGCCUGCCUAAAAACGGCAUAAAACACCGUACACGUUAAUAGUAUGAAGGUUAAAAAAAAGUUUCCAUGUCACAGGCGAACUUCCGUUUCCUGUACGGCCAACCAACAUGGCGGCGCAAGGAGAGCAAAACAAUUACUUCAUACGAGAAAUUGAGAAAAACGAUGGUUCUGUCUUGACAGUGAGCCAGUGUUAUAUGGGGGACGUGGGCUGCGUGGUUUGGGAUGCGGCCAUCGUUCUUGCAAAGUAUUUAGAGACAAAAGAAUUUUACGAUCCGUCCUCGGGAGUGAAUUUAUGGGCUGGGCGAAGUGUGGUGGAGUUAGGAGCUGGGACCGGGGUCGUAGGUUUGAUGGCAGCGACUUUGGGCGCUUAUGUUAGUGUGACAGACUUGGAGGAUUUACAGACCCUCCUGAAACAGAACAUUCAAAACAACCAGACUCUCAUCAGUAGUGGAUCCAUAAGUGCCAAGGUACUGGAAUGGGGAAAAGAUGUAUCUGGUUUCCUUCCGCCUCCAAACUAUGUCCUGAUGGCAGAUUGCAUCUAUUAUGAGCAGUCUAUUACUCCACUGGUGGAGACCUUGAAGCUUCUCAGUGGACCAGAGACUUGCAUUAUUUGUUGCUACGAGCAACGCACCGAGGGCCUCAACCCAAAAGUAGAGGAGCGGUUUUUUGAGUUGCUGCAACAAAGCUUCAAAUAUGAAGAAAUUCCAUUGUGCAAACAAGAUGGAGAGUUUAGUAGUCCAGACAUCCGCAUUCUGCAUGUUCGGAAAAAAAGUCUGAGAUUGCAAGAAGAUAUAUGAAAAUAGAUGUUUCACUGCAAACCAUGAACUGGUUGCCAUUCUAUCUCAGAGCACACAGACAACCGUUCUCGCUCACAUUCAGUUCAUUGCGGACAGCUGGACAAGUUUUCAAUGAACAUAUAUUUUUUUCAUUUAUUUUUGCAUGUGGGAGGAAGCCGGAAUACUCGAAGAAAAUCCACACAAACAUUGGGAGAACAUGCUAACUGCAAACAGGAAGGCAAGAGCCAAGGUUAAAAUCCCGAAACUCACAACUGUGAAGCAGACGUGCUAACCACCGUAACACUGUGCUGCCCUAUGUAGAAAAUUAUACACACACAAAAAAGAAACUAUUUUGGGAUGCUGUGAUUAUGUGAUAUUUAACUUACAAUUUAUUUAACAAUGAUCUGUAAAGUUCUACCGUGAAUCCAUGUGAAAAGGAUUUGCCAUAAAGCCAAAGCAUUGCUGAGUUGUGACACUAGGGGGCAACAGUUGCCAUUUAAAAAAAAAAAAGGGGGGACUGCAAUAAAGCUGCACUUUUAUUACA